AUGACUGUCUCAACACUCCUCGCCAUGGCCAUUCGCUGCGCCCAGCGCAACAUCGACUCCAUCGACAACCUCGCCGACAUGCCUUUCGACAUGGCACGCCCAAUACUCAAGAGAGUGCACGACCCGGAGCAGCUGCUCGAGAUUGAGAGAAAUUCACCGCAACUCGCAGAGCACACGGGCGAGUUCUGGCAAGCUAUGAUCAAGCGCGACAUGCCCAAUUUACCGGAAGAGAACAUGCUCUACCCCAAGAAUCCGGCCAGUUGGCACAAAGUCUACAGAAAGCUCAUGCGCGCCGAAAAGGCUCGUGAAGCCGAACAGGAGGAACAGCUUCGUAUUACGCUUUUGGGCGACAAAGUCAACAGGGAGAACAAAAAGGCCGUCAUUGUGGAUAAGGUCAUGCACCAUGCUCGCGAGGGUCCGGCAAUCUUCGUGGACGGCACGCGCAAGAGGGGCACAACCAGUUGGGAGCGCAAACCGCCAAUAGAGGCUCACAAGGCAAAGACUGGCGCUGAUGCAAUCGCCGCGAUCAGGAACCGUUCUGCGGCCAAUUCCAAGCAGAUGAGCCUCAGUCGUCCAUUUCAGUCCAAUGCACACGCUGGAAACUCUAUCCGGGCAUCCAGACAAAUCAAAGAGGCUCCUGCGAGUAUGCUCCGAGAGGCUGGUCAGCGAGGCCGAAUGGAAAUUGCUCCUCGUGAGCUGCUGCCCCACCAGAAAGACCUGCUUCAGGAACAGCGAAGAAUGAACGCGAACUUCAAGGUUCAAGCUCCUGGCAGAAAGGGUGCUGCACAGUUUGCAGCCGCCCACCGGAGCCAGAACGAAGCUGUGGUCCGACAGGCAAGGGAGGUCAAUGAGGCCAAGCUCAGGGCACUUACACAAUCUGCAAAUGCGGCUGCCAGGGCGAAGAAAUCAUCAUCAGCAAAAUUCGAUUUCGGGUCUACACCACAGGCUGCAUCUCCAGAGCCACAGAAGCAACCCGCUAAAUCGCAAGCCAGUAGUCCUGCCGCUUCUCCUCCGGCACAGGCAGCAUCUCCACCGAAGACGGCCAGCCCUGCACCCGUAGUCGUCAAGAAGCGACCCGCAGCAGCUGGAUCGAUAUUCAUGAAGACAACGAAGAAGGCCAGACACUGA